UCAGUGGUGGUCAUCAGUGGUGGUCAUCAGUGGUGGUGGUCAUCAAUGGUGGUCAUCAAUGGUGGUGGUCAGUGGUAGUGGUCAGUGGUGGUGGUCAGUGGUGAUGGCGGUCAUCAAUGGUGGUGAUCAGUGGUGAUGGUGGUCAUCAGUGGUGGUCAGUCACCAACUCCUGUCUCCUGUUCAGUGUGCAGCAAAGCAAGCAUGGACGUCAAGCAGCGAUGGGAGCGGGAACAGGAAGAGUAUCUCCAGCGAGUCUCAGCAAUGGAGAGCCAGUUGGCAGACAUGCGUCAUUCGAGGGAUCGCGCCCUGUGGGAGACGUUUAUCCGGAUGACCGAGGAGUUUGAAGAGCGCGACAGGGACCGUGAGGAGGACGUGGAAAAGUACAAGGCGCGGGUGGACGAGGCGUAUGCGACCAAGAUGGGCGAGGUGCGGAGGAGGGAGGAGGAGAUCGAGCGGAUGAAGGAGGAGCUGCAGCGGCGGGACGCCGAGCGCGAGUCGGAGCAGCUGGCAUACCGUGAGCGGGUCGACGCACAGUACCGCGAGACAGUGGCCGAGCUCAAAAACCGCGAGGUCGAGCUUCAGCGGCAGCGCGACCUGUAUCGCGCCGAGAUCAAUGCCGAGAUGGAAAACAAGUAUCGCGCCAAGCUGCGCGAGCUCAAGGCCAAGGAGGCUGAUUUUGAGCGGCAGAAGCAGGCCCUGCAGGACGAGCUUCUCUCACGCGAUCGUGAGCGCGAGCAGGAGCUGCACGAGCUCAAGCGCCGCCUCGAGUCGGACCACGCCGCACGCGUCGAGGCCCUCCGCAUCCGUGAGCGUGAGCUCGACGAGGCUGCAGAGGUCUUCAAGGAGCGCGACCGAGCCCGCGAGGCCGAGCAGCGCGCGUACAAGGCGAGCUUGGACGAAGAGUACGGUCGCAAGUACAACGCGCUCAAGGCCCGCGAGAUGCAGCUCGAGGAAGAUGUCCGCGUCCGCGAGGACGAGGUCCGCUCCCGCCUCCGCAUGGCAGAGGCUGAUCUUGUCGAGCGCGACCAGCAGCGCGAGCAGGAGCUUCGCAAGCUCAAGUACGCUCUCGAGCAGCGGUACGAACAGAAGGUCCGCGAGCUCCACGACCAUCGUCGGUAGCCAGCCGGCGCGAGAGUCGAAAUCGUGGCCUUUCCACUUCCAGCCGUUGCAAUGAACGAGGCGAGGCGUGCGG